CACUUCACACUUUAUUUGACAAUUUUGACAUUGACUGAUAACAUAUCGAUAUAUAAGUGGAAAUAUAAGUCAUAAGUAUUUUGAAUAUAAUAUGAAUGCCAUAAUAUGGAUGUAUUAAAUGCAAUAAAAAACUUCAAUUCCGAUUUAGGAGUAAUAACAAAGUCUACAUGGAUUGGAAAUUUAUCUAUACAAAAUGCAGAAACAUAUAAGGUAUUUUAUUUACUUGUCAUAGGAAUAGUGUUUAUUCUAGCAACAGUGGUGAUCUUAUGUGUCAAACAAUGUUCAAGAAAAGUUUUUUCUCAAAAAGAGGUCCUUACUCAAGAAACAACAAGAUUUCGGAAAAGAGACAAGGCAUUAUUCUAUGGCAGAAAAAUGAUACGUAAAGUUAAAAAUAUUUCUGGACAAGUUAGAAAUUCUGGUCAGGGCAAAAAAAGAAAAUUGGUUAUGAAGUUUGCUAGAAAAAUUUUGCAAUUGAAGAAGGAAACAGAACAAGAACAAUUAAAGGUGUUGGAACCACCAGUCGAGUACCUCCAAGAAGAUAUGCUUACUGAUGAACGUAUGCCUCCUGAUGCCUUUUAUAUGCUUCAGAGUAUAAGAGUUUUUGGACACUUUGAAAAACCUGUUUUUUUGAAACUUUGCAAACACACCGAAAUUUUAAAUGUUAGUGCAGGAUCAUAUUUGUUCAGGAUAGGUGACCCAGAUGAGAAUGUUUACAUAGUGCAAAGUGGAAGACUUAAUGUUACUAUCACAGGAAAUGAGGGAACCAAUACCUUAAAAAUUGUGAAACCUGGCGAAUCUGUAACUUCUUUAUUGAGUUUCACAGAUGUUUUAACUGGGCACACAAAACCUUACAAAACCGUUUCAGCUAAGGCAAUUGAAGAUUCCACAAUUUUGAAGUUGCCAAUGGCUGCAUUUCAGGAAAUAUUUCAGGAGUAUCCAGAUAUAUUUGUGAGGGUAUUACAAGUUAUUAUGGUUAGAUUGCAACGAGUAACUUUCACAGCCUUACAUCAAUACUUAGGACUUAGUGCAGAAUUAGUUCAACAGCAUCCAAAACAAAAAAAUCCCUUAUCAUCCCCAAAGAAAAAACGGGAUGAUGCUACUCCAUCUACCUUUGGUACAGACAGCUCGUUUACAUCUACACAACCAAUACCUGUGCCAGGCCAUAAAAGAAGCAAGUCAUCGUUAGAUUCAAAAUCUUUUUCACCUUAUUCAAAUACUCCAGAUAUGAUAGCAGAUGCAGAAAGUGGUAUAAGUAAUAAUAACCCAGAUUUGACUUUGAUUCAGAAAAAGAGGGCAUCUAUGCCUGAUUACCCAGAUGAUGAAGAGCUAAUUCGAAUUGCAACUGAUGCAUUUGUCAGAGAUUUAGGUCUGGAUGAUGAGACAAUAAUAGAAGGGAAAGUUGAGAUUAGAGAAGUUCCAGCUGGAACAUAUAUAAUGAAAGAAGAUUCAAACAAGGAAAGAUCAAAUGUUGAGAGCAUCUUCGUCCUUGGUAGAAUGAACCCACAAAUGUCCAAGGAUUGUGCUCUUGUCUAUGUAAUAUCAGGAGCCUUAGUAGUUUCACAGAAAAUGUUUGAUGGCGAGGAAGAGAUUCACAUGUUCACCUCUCAUUCAGGGGAGAUAGUUGGAGGAUUGGCUGUACUCACAGGAGAACCAAGCUUCUUCACCAUUAAAGCCAAACAUCAUACAAGAAUUGCAUUGAUAUCUAAGAACACUUUUUAUAGGGUUGAAGUUUUAUCCAUAGACUAUCAGUCUGGAUUUGUUUCCUAUGAUGUAGAGUCUACAUCACGAAUUCAAAAAACUAUUUGGGAAAACUAUAAAGUAAACCAAGUUAUAUUAAAUUUGGUAGAUAAUGCAUCAUUGAUAGUCACCAGUAAACUCUUCAGCAGAACAAUGGCAGACGAUGAGUGGGAUCUUGUGAACAGGGUUGUGAAUAAUAAUACUACACGCUACCAGCGUUUGACUGAGGAGGAUAAACGUAUCGUCGAUGCAAAAUGUCGGGCUUGUAUGGAAGCUGAAAUGGGCGACAAUGGUGACCCUUUUGAUGACGGUGAUUAUGACACUGACCUUACAUAUUGGCCAGAAUAUGAUAGGACUGUGUCCAAUGUUGAAGUUGAGAUGGUGACACAAACAAAACGAAGUACAACUGUUAUAGCUGUCAGAGACUCUGAACUGGCGAAACUUCCUGAAGGUUUAUUCAAUGCAAUCAAACUAAGAUAUCCAAUAGUUGUAACUAGGCUUAUUAAUUUAUUAGGUCAUAGGAUAUUAGGUACAUGGAAAAAAUCUUCGCUGAGUGUUCACUCUCCGAGUACUUCUGCUGUGGAAAGCAGACCCUCACAGAUCAACUUCUCAACUGUGGCAAUUGUUGCUGCAUCAGAUGAUGUUCCACUCACUUCUUUCACUUAUGAACUUCAUCAUUGUUUAAGUGCCAUUGGAUCAACUUUAAGACUGACUUCGGAAGUAAUUCGUAAAACUCUCGGUGCGAAAAUCAUGGAUCCAAACAACGAGUAUCGUCUUUCCUCCUGGUUGGCGCAGCAGGAGGAUCAUUACAAAAUUUCACUAUACCAGUGCGAUCUAACGGUUAGUGCUUGGACUCAGCGUUGCAUCAGACAGGCCGAUUGUAUCUUGAUAAUAGGUAUUGGAGAGAACCAUCCCACACUCGGAAAGGUAGAGAAAGAAAUUGAACGGUUGGCCAUAAGAACACAAAAGGAACUUGUUCUUUUGCAUAAAGAAGGCGGUAAACCUCACAAUACCAUCGCUUGGUUGAAUAUGAGAACUUGGGUAUCUUCACAUCAUCACCUUGUUUGUCCCAAUAGAGUAUUUUCUAGGAAGUCGCUCUAUAGAAUCAAUGAAUUAUACUCAAAAGUAUGUACAACUAGUCCAAACAUUCACUCAGAUUUUUCCCGUUUGGCUAGAUGGUUGACAGGAAAAUCUGUCGGAUUAGUUUUAGGAGGAGGUGGUGCAAGAGGAUCAGCUCACAUCGGGAUGAUCAAAGCUAUACAAGAAGCUGGUAUUCCCAUUGAUAUGGUAGGAGGAGUUAGUAUAGGUGCUUUUAUGGGGGCCUUGUGGUGUCAAGAAAGAAAUAUAACUACUGUUACUCAGAAAGCAAGAGAGUGGUCAAAGAAAAUGACUCAGUGGUGGCGUCAGAUCUUAGACAUGACUUAUCCAAUGACUUCAAUGUUUAGUGGCCGAGACUUUAACCAAACAAUUCGCGGUACAUUUGGAGAUACUUAUAUAGAAGAUUUAUGGUUACCCUACUUCACCGUCACUACUGAUAUUACAUCUUCCUGCAUGAGAAUUCAUUCACAUGGUCAGAUGUGGAGGUAUGUGAGGGCAAGUAUGUCGAUAGUGGGCAUAUUUCCUCCGAUUUGUGAUCCAAGUGACGGGCAUUUGAUAGCUGAUGGUUGUUACGUUAAUAAUGUUCCAGCUGAUGUGAUGCGAAGUUUGGGUGCUAAUCAUAUAUUGGCAAUUGAUGUUGGCUCAGUAGAUGAUCAAGACCUGACUAAUUAUGGAGAUGAUUUAUCUGGUUGGUGGUUGCUGUGGAAAAGAUGGUACCCAUUUACAGAAACUGUGAAAGUUCCUAAUCUUCCUGAUAUACAGUCACGAUUAGCCUAUGUUAGCUGUGUUAGACAACUUGAGGAAGUCAAAAACAGUGACUACUGCGAAUAUAUACGUCCACCCAUUGACAAGUACAGAACACUUCAAUUUGGAAGCUUUGAUGAAAUUAGAGAAGUAGGUUAUUUGCAUGGCAAAGCAUAUUUUGAGGGACAGAUGAAGGCUGGUAACCUGCCAGUUUUCAAAACUCCUUCAGAAUUGCAUAAAAGUUCUUCAAAUGUUAAUACUUUGGGAAAUUACACUUUUACUGACUUGGCACAGAUGGUGUGCAAAGUCUCUAGGCCCUAUGAAGAUGAAUCAAUCUCUAGUUCUUCAGAUGAAGAAGACGAUGAUGGCAGAGGUGGAUAUGCCUCUGAACCAACCGUUGGACUGUCGGAAAAUGAAAAGGAAAUCUUGGUAAGGAGAACCGGAGGGUCCCUAUCAUUAUCAGAAAAUGAAAUGGAAUCCGAUGUAGAUUUUGAUAUAAAUCAAACUCAAUUUGAAAAACAGGAAAAUUGAUACAAAUGGUAUAGCGGGAAAAUUAUUGAGAUAUUAGUUUGUUUCAUGAGAGUCAGUUAAGUCUCAAUGUUUAGUCAUUUUAUAUUUGUAGUUACCAAAAAUCAAAAUUGUAUAUAUUUUAUAAAUCAAAAUAAAUUAACAAAAACAUU